UCUGUUCCCCCCUUCAGCUUGACGCCAUUUACAGCCCAAAUCCCGACCUCCUCUCCGGAAAGAGCAGAAAAAAACACUCACACACGAGGAAAAGUACUUGCAACCUCUCAGAGCCUUGCGGAUAAAACACGCCAAAUUAAAACUUUCGGAGCUGGAGUUUUUUGUCGCUCGCUUUUCUUUCUUUUUUUUUUCUUCUUCUUCUUCUUCUUCUCCUCCUUGUUGCAGGAAAAGUGGAGUCAAGCUAAGUUUACCCUCCGGCGGUGACUGACUGAAAGUUUUGCCUCGUGCUCUUGCGCAAAACACGGGAUUUACGUCUUAGCGCUGCUUUUAAUGAAAAUGCGCUCCACUCGGAAACUUUCUCAAUGGAUUUUAACGACGGCUUCCCCGACUGAACUGCUGAUGUAGGGAAUAAACUCUCGCCCAAAUUGGAUAUAUUUCACCUAAACGGGGGCUAAAGUGUCGGAAGCACGGACUUCAGAUGUGUCCCAUGCCAGUCAGAGUGGCCCUUCAGUCCCGAGAUGGAUUCCAGAAGUCAGAACGACAGCGACGGGGGAGGAGGACACCACGGACGGUCACCGUCAUCGACCAGCUUGUCGGGCACGCCGCAUGACGAAGGGACACCGCAACCAUGGCCUCCUCAAACCCACAAUGGUCCGCUAGAUACUGGGCUGAACAACGGGCAGCCGCCCCAUACUCUAGCAGUGCUAUCUCUGGAUCAGAUUAGGAUAACUGGGAGUAGUAAUGAAUAUUCAGAAGGGCCCACAGUCGCCCAAAGGUCUCCGGCCACUCAGCAAAGGCAACAGAAGAACGACUUGUUGUCGUCACCUGGUUCAAGGACAAGUGGGCAGCAGGAGACUCGGGAAGAGAGGCCUAAUAACCUCCGCAACCUGCAGUCAUUGACUCAGCAUGGAAACACAAAUACAUCCAUUUCUUCCAGGGAGGGUGUGCUGCGGUCCUCCAGUGUAGAGGACUCCCAGAGUAGUAUCAGGACCAGCGUGGGGAGCACUUCUUCGGGCCAGAGGCUCCUCAGCAGCCCAGCAGGGGGCGACCAGAUCAUCAGGACCCAGCCGAAACGAGCAGAGCUGAACUCAGAAGAGUUGAAACCCCUGAACGAUGAGUCCAUGGCGGUGGUGGCAGUGCCAGGCAGCGGAGGCCAUAAAAAUCUCGGUAAACACUCAAACAAGUGUGAGGACUGUGGUCGGUGCCAGUGUUUGGAGUGCAGUCGCCCGCGGGUGCUUCCCUCCUGCUGGAUGUGCGGCCGGAGGUGCGUGUGCUCGGCGCAGAACGCGGUGGAGUACGGGACGUGCGUCUGCUGCGUCAAGGGGCUGUUCUACCACUGCUCCAGCGACGACGAGGACACGUGCGCUGACAAGCCCUUCUCGUGCACGCAGUCUCACUGCUGCGUCCGCUGGACCACCGUGUCCCUCCUCUCCCUGCUCUUCCCCUGUAUCCUGUGCUACCUCCCGGCUAAAGGAUGUGUCGCCGCGUGCCAGAGCUGCUAUGACCGAGUCACACGACCCGGCUGUCGGUGCAAGAACACAAAACCAAUCCACUGUGAGGAUGACGGCAAGCAAACGUAGACGAGAUGGUUAAUGUGUGCUGAAAUGCAGAAGGAUGGAAGGACUCCAUGUCGACUGAACUGAUAGAUGUCUUGGCCCUGUAGCUGUGUAGUGGAAAGGUUCGAUUAAGAAGCUAAUGAUGCUGUUGUGCUUGAGUUUUUGUUUUCCAUCAUUCAUGCCCACCAGUUCCACGCUGGAGGUGCAUUCACUCAUCUUAGCAUUAUAAGUUUCACUUGAAAGGUAAACCAAAAUAAGCGCUCCACAUGUUUAAAGGUAUGAAGACACAUUCAACUACUGUUUUGUCCUGAAGAAUAAUUUGCCCAGGUAGAGCUCAGAUAUGGUGUUGUGGCUACGAGAGUCCAAAUGGAUAGCCUUUUUUUUUUUAACAUUUAAUACAACUUAUAUUCUAAGAACAGACUCCUGUUACUAACUAUAUGUAAAGUAGUAAAUGCAAAGGCUAUGUACAUUAGAAAAUGAGUUUGACAGAUGUUUUAUUUUUGUACAUAUAAUAAUACUUCAACUGUGAAAAGUUUUCUGCCAUACCAGAGGCACCUCGAUAAAUUCACAUUUAUAUGAAUCAGUAAACGUCAUUCAUACAAUGUUUUUUUUUUUUUUUUUUUACAUUCACUGGAAUGUAUAUCAAUCAUUUUUAUGUAAUUUACAAAGGAAAAAUCUUAUCCCUUCUACUUGUAAAUUGUACAGUGACCUUUUAUGAAAAAAAAUAUUUUCUAAUUCCAACAUUGCUUAGUGUAAAGUUAAAAAAUAUAUAUUUAUUUGAAGGUUUAUUAUUUUAUAAUGAAAAAUAUUUAUUUUGAGAACGAAUUGUUAAAUGUGUCACCUCUUUUUGGGGCUAUUCUGUAGUCACUGCAGAUUAGAGGUGACCUGUAGGAGUGUCAAAGCUGGAUGAAUAGUUCACUAUGAAUUAGAAGACAAAUAUAUUAACGUUUGAAAUUAAACCUUGAAGU